AUGGGGUACCCGCCGCGGCAAAAUUUCUCGGAGAUGGCGCUGUACGAAAAGCCACUGAGGGAGGCACGAAGGCCCGACCGCUGCCCCAAGACCGAAUCGGACAAUACCUUUGUCACUGCUAAGAAGGGAACGGCUGCUGCUGUUGCCGGAAGUGGUACCGUUGCUACCAAAAAGGCUUCUGAGGCCGCCCGCCACCAAGGCCAAGAAGCCAGCCCCGGUGCCACUGGAGCAGCUGCCGGCAAGAAGAAGGCUGCCACCAAGGAUGACAAAGCCAUUAAGGCCAAGGUGCAGAAGGGUGCCGCCGCUCUGCUGAAGAUCCGCACCACGGUCAAGUUCUGUCGACCGCGUACACUGAGUCUGUCUCACAACUCCAAGUUCCCGCACAAGACGAUGCCGACCCGUAGCAGCAUGAACGCGUACAACAUCAUCAAGCGCCCGCAGUUGACGGAAGCCACGAUUCUCUUCGAAGACAACAACACGCUGGUGUUUCUGAUUCAUCUACGCGCCAACAAACAGCACUUCAAGGCCGUGGUCAAGAAGCACACCCUGGUGUGACCGGACGACAAGAAGGCGUCUGGCUGAGUGAUAGUUGGGACAGACGAACGUGAUGACCGAGGACGAUCCCAGUUUCUACGAGCCGAAGAGAUCAAGUAUACGGGCCUGUCGUACGGCCAGAUCGUGGAGGAGAACUAUUCGCAUUUAUUAUUGCAUUAAAAACAAUUUGAUAAUCAAAGUGGGGUGAGGGUGGGGU